AUGCGCUAUCUCGGUGACUCGAGGAGUACUGUGGCAGCAGACAAGGAGCUGCCGGAGUGGGGUUACAAUGUCGGCGUGUUGGGCGGCUUGCGGUUGAGUCUGGCGGAGGAGCCGAAACCUGCGCUGGGCCGGGGCCUGGGACUGUCGAAAGUCUUUGGGUGGCAGGAUGCUGGCCGACGAUAUGACAUUGUUGUGCUCGGGGCCACCGGAUUUACAGGACGGCUCAUGGUUGAGCAUUUGGAUGGGCUCCUUUGUGGGCAGGCACAAAGCCCGAAGAAGUGGGCAAUCGCCGGCCGAAAUAUGCAAAGGUUGCGCACCUUGUGUUCGUCGUGCCGGUCUUCGCCAGACGUGCUGCUAGCUGACAGCCAGGCUUCAUUGGACGAGGUUGCGCGCCAAUGCGUUGUCCUCAUCGCUGCGGCAGGCCCGUACUCUCAGUGCGGGGAGAUGGCAGUUCGCGCUUGCGUGGCGAGCCGUACACAUUACGUGGAUGUGUCCGGCGAGACUGUGUGGAUGCAUGAGAUGCUGCAGCGCUACCACGCGGAAGCGAAGCAACAGGGCAUCCUCCUUGUUCAGGCAGCGGCGCAGGUGUGCGCCGUUGACGACAUCAACUGCUACUUGCUGGCCCAGAAGCUGGGCCCGUUGAAACAGUUCCGGGAGUAUUUCUUUCAGUUCGGUGGAACCACAGGUGGUACCUUUGCGAGCAGCGCCUCGGGCAUGGAGGACAUGACGGAGGAGAAGCUCAAGGUCACCAGCUCGGCAACUCUUGCCUUGCAUCCAUAUUCCUGCGGUAGCCCGUGCCGCAGGAUGUUAAAGGGCUGCGUGGUCCAGUCAUCGAGUAUGCACGAGCAGGCAACCAGUCCGGAAGUCUUGACCUUGUUGUCCCACCUGGAGAAUGGGCCGCUCAGUGAUCCUGUGCUGACCUGGGCCCUUCUGGCUCCACCUCUGCCUGAGAAGGACUUGACACCGCCACCGGGCCUGGGCGAGCCAGGCUUUGCGGGCAACCUGUUGGACGAGAAGAUGCAGCUCCAUCUGACGAAGCAGUGCCAUCCCUGCGUGGCAUUUGCCUUCAAGAAGGACCGAUGCUGGAAGGGCGACGCCUGCUCCCACUGCCACAUCUGCAGCCCGGAUGAAGCCAAAGCCCGCCGCCGCGAACUGCAGGAGCGGGCCAGGAAGCUCAAGCGUGUGCAGAAGGCAGUAGAGAAGGCAGAGCGGGGCGAGGGGGCCUCACUCUGGCUCUGA